AACAAACCAGUCAUUAUUAAAAAAGUUAUCAGUAUAUUUUAUUACCUGUCUGAGUUGACGGGCAAUUAGCACAAUGAUGGGAAUUUAUUCGUUUGCGCUGUGGUCAUUCCUUAUUCUUGUAGGAACAGGAAUGGUCAGUUCUCAGGUUUUUUCACCACCUGUUUAUUCGAUUGAUUUAGAAACGGAGUUGAGGAAUUGGCUGUUUAACACAUACGAAAUAAAACAAAGACCUGAAAAACUAAACCGAGUGAGAAUAACUCUGAACCUUCUUUCACUGAAUUAUUUGGAUAUAAAAGAACAGGCGUUGUCAAUAUCGGCAUAUUUCUCUUUUGAAUGGACUGACUCCCGGCUGAGAUGGAUUAACAACAUUACAUACGCCAAUAUCAUUUUUUUGUUUAGUGACGAGAAAAGUGUUUGGAAACCACCAAUCAUUGUUGAAAAUUCUGUGGAUGAUAUUGAUGUCAUAUCAAGACCGAGCGUUCCUAUGAGGAUCAAUGCAAAUGGUGGAAUAAAUUGGCUUCCAGCCGGAAUAUUUACUACUUCUUGUGAAAGUUACGUAACAUUCUGGCCACUUGACACACAAACCUGCGAGAUUGUUCUCAGUUCAUGGUCGUACACUCUUACUGAAAUUAGGUUAGAGUUCAAUCUCUUUAAAACGAAGAUUCUGACGGAAUUUUAUCAAGAAAAUGGGGAAUGGGAAUUAAUCAACACAGGAUACAAAUCUCUCGAGACAGUUCGAGAAUCAGAAAGUUUUAGUCGUCUAGUUUUCUCCUUAACAUUUCGUCGCAGACCCAUGUUUCACUCUCUUAACACACUGUUUCCGGUUGUCCUCAUGGCGUUCUUAACAGUUAUAAUAUUUAAGCUGAAUCCGGAGUCAGGUGAAAGGGUCGGUCUGGCAUUAACUAUAUUACUCGCUUUUGCUGUAUACCUUGGUGUCAUUUCUGAAAGUAUUCCCCAGACAUCAUUGUCUGCAAGUCUGCUUUCUUCAUACAUAGCUUGUAUUUUGUUUCUACAAACUCUUGCUGUGUUCCUUACUGUACUCUACCUCGAUACAUACUUCAACCCAGACGACAAACCUGUUCCGAAAUGGCUACACGUAGUGAAUUCCUCGGUGUUAAUCAAACUUGCUUGCGUCGACUGCAGUAGAAAAAAUAAGAAAGUAUCUCCCAAUCCAUCUGAUAUGAAUAAUGAUAGUGGCACAGUUCCUCAACACCAAUCCGGCUAUAGCAAAAGCGAAAAGAUUGUUUCCAUUGAAGAUAACGAAGAAGACAAAAAUGGAGUCUGGGAAGCAAAUGAAUCGACACCAUCUGAUAAAGAAUACUCUUGGAAAGAAAUUGCCUUGCUUUUGGAUAAAGUUACUAUGUAUAUUUAUUUAUCACUUGUGACGGCUUUGACUGUUGUAACAGCAUGUGUGAUGCUAGUUCAUUAUGGUCUCGCAUAUUAAUACUAGACCAAACUAGAUAUUAACUGGUCGUGACAGACGUGUGCUUGUGCGUGUUCGUGUAUAUAUGUGUGUGCGUGCUUGCGCGCGCGCGCGUGUGUAUGUGUGUGUAUGUGUGUGUUAUACCAUAUACGCUUUGUAGCAUACUAUCAUAAUCUGUUAAAGAUCGUUGAUGAAUCAUGCCUUUAUACAUAAAAUUACAGUUUUACCAUGAUUUUUUUAAAAUAAAGUAUUUUGUUGAAAUUAAGACUGUG